AGAACAAGAUGAUCGGUUUUACAGUAUAGAAAAUAAUUCAAGAAGAGGUAAAAGAAAGUAUAAUAAUAAUAAAAUGAAUCCUGUGACAGCACGUUGGCAAUUUGUUCAUUAAAAUUUUAGAUAUUAGUAAAACUAAAUACAAUAAAUUUGACAACUCGAGUAUUAUUGAAUUAAAAUUUUUGGAAGUUCAUGAAUACUCUAAACAUUUUAUCAUGUCAAAAAUGAAAAGAUUUUUUUAUUUUAUUUUAUUUUAUUUUUUUGUUUCCAACUGUUUUUUUUAAAAGUCAAUGCUUGUUCUCUUCCCCACCCUAGCUGUGUUCUAUUGUUCUUGGAGCAUGGACUCCAGCCAAUUUUGUGACUGUCUUUUUGAUUUUCAUUCCCAUGGUGGUGGUCAUUGAUUUUGGGAGCUAAGGUCAGGUAGUUUGACUUUGAGAGCUCUAUUCUCUUCUCUGAAGCUCAUACUUUCAUUUUGUCCUCUGCUUUGAUUUUCCAUCUCUCUGCAUUUUGUUUUCUUUCUUGCUUUUCUUGCUCCUCUUGAGACUCACUAAGCACUUCAUUUGGUUAAUUUCUCAACUAUACAUAAAAAACCAGAAGCUAAAAGGUAAUAUAUAUAUAUAUAUAUAUAUAUUGAAUACUCUGCUGCCCCAUUACAUGUGAGUGCUAUAGUACUUUCAGUUCCUUCUUUUAUCUUUUCUACCAUUUGAUUUCAAGUGGUUUGGUUGACAUUGAAUUCAUUUUAUUAUUUAUUUAUUUUUUCUAUUGCAUUCCAACUUGUUUAAACUGGGGCCAAACGACUCAAAAAGUACUAAAACAAAUACGAAUUCAAUAAUUUUUAAUAUUUUCAUAUUGCAGUCUGUAUCAUAUGCCUCUUGUAAUGACUUCUUCAACUUUUGAGUUUUGACCACGUAACCAUUCCUUCAUUCCCUAGUCAUUGUUUUUAUCUAUGAAUCAUAAAAAGAAAAAAUAAGAUAAAUCAAUACAUAAAAAAAUAAUAAGAGUAUAAAUAAAUGAACUAAUAUGGGAAUAAAUUGAAACAAAAAUAAAAUGUGAGGAAGGAGGAUAAUGAAAAUGUAUUUUCUAAAACACAAUGCAAUGGUAGAUUUAUAUUGUCUUAAGAAGUCAACGAUCCGAUCUCUUUUCUGUCUUAUAUUCUUGAAGCGUUGACUCCCACCAAUUUCUGAUGCUUUUCCAUAAACAUGGUGUUCAUUGACCGUGGGAGAUGUGUUGAAAAAACGUUGCAGCUCAUCUCCUUCUCCUCUCUUCUCUCAGCUUCAUAUUGAAAAAGAGUAACACAUUCUUCCCUUUGCAUUUUGUUAUCUGAUUUGAUUUUCUAUGUCUUUGCAUUUUGCUUUCUUUGAUUUUGUUUUGCUGCUGUAGUUGUUUUGCUUUUACUUCUCAAAAGAUCCAAAAAAAAGAAAGAAAAACAAAAAGACAAAAAAAAAAAAAAAAAAGGGAGGAAAAAGAAAAAAAAAAAUUUCAUUACUUCCCAAAUUUUACAUCUUUUUGUGUUGCUUUUUUCGAAUUUUGUUACCAUUUCCUGCUCAUAAGCACGUUCCAUUUGGGUUUUAAAUUCAUUCUCCAAGAAAAAGAAAGGGAGACUAGAGGAGGGGGGAUAAGAGUUGUAUGGAGUUUGUUAUUAGAAUUGGUGUUUCUGUGGUCACAAAGAUGGGGGAGUGUUCAGUUUCCAGCCUCGGCCGUCAACUGGGUUAUCUGUAUUAUUACAAAAGCAAUAUAGAAAAGCUGGAAACUCAAGCUCAGGAUUUGAAGAAUGCAAAAGAGAGGGUGAAGCAUUUGGUUGAAAAUGCUAAAAGAAAAGGUGAAGAAAUUGAGAAUCAUGUUCAACAGUGGUUUAGUACAGUAGAUGUGAUCUCUGAGGAGGUGGAAAGUUUUCUGAAAGAUAAAGUCCAUGCAAAUACUGGGUGUUGUUCCAAUGGAUCGUCUCUGAAUUUGGUGUCACGGUAUCGGCUAGGUAGGAAAGCGAAGAAGAUGACACAAAAAGUUGUUGAAAUAAAAGAUUCAGCCUGCUCUGAUAACAUUUCUUAUGUUCCUGUUCUACAAAGUAGUUUUCCAAAUAAAGGGUUCAUGGCUUUUGACACAAGAAAUUCAACUAUGAUGGGAAUUAUGAAUGCUCUUGUUGACAUUAAUGUUGGUAUAAUUGGAGUGUAUGGGAUGGCUGGUGUAGGUAAAACAACACUUGUUAAAGAAGUAGCUAGACGUGCCUUGGAAGAGAAGCUAUUUGAUGAUGUAGCUUUGAUUGUUGUAUCCCAUACUCCAGAUCUUGUAAGAAUUCAACAAGAAAUUGCUGAUAAACUAGGUCUAGUAUUCCAUGAGAUUAGCAUCAGUGCAAGAGCAGAUCGAUUAAGACAUCGAUUGAGGAAUGAAGAGAAGUUCCUUGUAAUUCUUGAUGACAUUUGGAAGGAACUUGACCUUGUAGAUAUUGGAAUAACUUUUGAGGAUGAUCAGAAUGGAUGCAAGAUUCUUAUGACCUCGAGAUUUAAAGAUGUGUUAAGCAAUCGUAUGAGUGAGCAAAAGAACUUCCCAGUUGAACUUCUAUCAGAAAAUGAAGCAUGGGAUUGGUUUAGGAAGAUAGUGGGAGAUCCAAUCAAAAAUUCUGAUAUCCAACUUUUGGCGACUCAAAUUGUUGAAGAAUGUGGAUGCCUGCCAAUCGCCAUUGUAACAGUUGGACAUGCGUUGAAAACUGAAAGCUUGUCAUCAUGGAAUGAUGCUUUCAGACAACUCCAAAGGUCUAAUCCAACGAAUAUUGAAGGAAUGAAUGAAAAGGUUUACUCCAGUAUAAAGUUGAGUUAUGAUUUCUUAGGAAGUGAAGAAGCAAAGUCAUUGCUUUUGCUGUGUUGUCUACAUAAAGAAGAUGCAAACAUAGGAAUUGAGGACUUAUUGAGAUAUGUUAUGGGUUGGGGCUUGUUUCAAGAUGUCUAUAAGAUGGACGAGGCAAGAGAUAGGCUGCAGAUUAUAGUUGAAAAGCUCAAAGCUCGGUGUUUGUUGUUGGAUGGUGAUUAUCAUGACACGGUUAAAUUGCAUGACAUCAUACGCGAUGUUUGCAUAUCAAUUGCAUCAGUUGAUAGGCAUAUGUAUAACAUCAGAAGCAAUGAUGAUCUAAAAGAACGCCUAAACAAGAAAAAACUCAAAGACUCAACUGCAAUUUCCCUACUCUGUGAGAAUGUUGGUUAUCUUCCCGAAAAGCUAGAAUGUGCUAAGCUUCAUUUCUUUUGGAUGUGGAAGAUUCGUCAUCUACAAAUCCCUGAUCAUUUUUUUGAGGAAACCAAAGAGCUGAGAAUUUUGGAUUUGUCUUAUUCCUAUUUAGGAGUACUACCUUCAUCUUUUUGUUUCCUUCAAAACCUCCAAGCAUUGUGUUUGCGUGAUUGCUGGCUCAGAGACUUGACUUCAAUUGCAGAGCUGAAGAACUUGGAAGUUCUUGACCUUUCAAGAUCCAGCAUUGAGGAGUUGCCACGUCAAAUAGGGCAGUUGACUCGUCUUCGGUUAUUAGAUUUGACAAGUUGUUCUCGUCUAAAAGUGAUUGAACCUAACAUACUAUCAAGCUUGAUUCACUUAGAAGAGUUGUAUAUGAAAAAGAGCUUUUCUAAGUGGGAGGCUGCUGGUCUCAGUGAGCUGAAGAAUUUGGUGCAUUUGACCACUUUACAUCUAGAAAUUGCAAAUUCCAACAUUUUGCCAAAUGACUUGUUUCAUGAUAAGUUAGAAAGAUUUAAGAUACUAAUUGGAAACUUGAGUGGCUGGAGCGACUGUGGAACUUCAAGAAUGCUGAAACUAAUCAAUUUUACGAAAAACAGUCUAUCAGAGGAGCAUGGUCUUCAAAGAUUGCUGAAAAGGUCUAAAGAGUUGUACCUUGAUGGAUUGAAGGGUGUGGAAAAUAUUGUUCAUGAAUUAGAUUGGGAAGGAUUUCCUGAGGUGAAGCAUUUCAGCUUAAAAAAUAAUGGUGAAAUUCGAUAUUUCAUUGACUCGGAGGAUCAGCCUACUCCAUCUGUUGCCUUUCCAAGUGUAGAGUCAUUUACUCUUCGAUCUAUGAUGAAACUAGAAAAGAUAUGUAAUGGAAAACUCACAAAAGAGUCCUUUGGUAAGUUAAAAUUUUUGGAAGUUAGCUACUGUUAUCAAUUGAAAAAUCUCUUCUCAUUCUCCAUAGCUAAAGGCCUUCUGCUACUAAAAGAUAUCGAAGUUACGUACUGCAGCAGGCUGGAGGAGAUAAUUACAUGCAACGGCGAACAUGAUGCUUACUGUGUUAAUGGUACUGAAGAAGUGGACAACAUUAAGUUUUCUCAAUUGUGUUCCUUGAGGCUGAGAGAUCUACCAAAGUUUUUACAAGUUUCUACUUGUCUAAAUGAGGAGCAAUUGACAGAAUCUUCUAGUUCUACCAUGUCUUUUUUCAAUGACACGAUUAUUUCUUUCCCCAUAUUGGAGACCUUGGAACUAUCCUUGGUCAAUGUUGGAAAGAUAUGGGAUAACGGGCUCACAGUCACAGACUCUACUUGCUUUCAAAAUUUAGUGACAUUGAAUGUGAACAACUGUGGAUUCUUAAAGAACCUAUUUCCGUCUUCUGUGGCCGCAAAUCUUUUGCAACUUAAACGGCUUGUGGUAAUGAUGUGUGAUAUGAUGGAAGAGAUAAUAAGCACAGAUGAAGUGAUGGAUAAGAAGUUCAAGUUCCCCAGACUCAAUUCUCUAACGAUACGGGGUCUUGAAAAACUCACAAAGUUUUGCUCUGCAACUUUUGUUGAGUUUCCAUUGUUAACUGAACUUAUCAUUUUGAGAUGCCCAGCAUUGAAGACAUUCAAUUCCUAUUCAGCAGAGAACCAUGAUGCAUUAUCUCUCUUCAAUGAAAAUGUUGCAUUCCCCAGCUUGAAGACAAUGGAAAUUGGAUCAAUAAACAAACCCAACAGGAUUUGGUCAGACCAAUUAACUGAAGAUUCCUUUUGCAAAUUAGAAGAUGUGGAAUUCACCAACUGUAGGAGUCUAACGAGCAUAUUUCCAUCUGGUAUGCUGAGAAGACUCUGCAGUCUGACAACAUCAAGAGUAUCGGAAUGUCAUAUGGUAAAAGAAAUAUUUGAAAUCCCAAUAGCAGAUGUGCAAGAAGAAUCCAAAAACACACAUAGUCAACUGAGUAACUUGCACUUGUUCAAAUUACCAAGUCUGAAGCAUGUGUGGGGUAAGGAUCCACGAGGGAUUCUUACCUGCCCAAAUAUCCAAAAACUUUAUAUCUAUGAAUGUCCAAAUCUGCAACAUCUAUUUCCAUAUUCAGUUGCCAAAAGUCUUCUUAAACUUGAAAUAUUAUGCGUAAUAGAUUGCGGGAUAAAGGAAAUUGUUGCUGAGGAGGAAGGGUUAGUGAAAAUGCCCAAGUUUGUGUUCCCACAAUUGACUGAUCUGAGAUUGGUAAAAGUGCACCAACUUGUAAGAUUUUAUCCAGGACCACAUACUUCAGAAUGGCCUUUGUUAAAUUGGCUGGUGGUGUCAGAAUGUAUUGUUGAGGUUUUAGCUUUAGAGUGCCAAAGCUUCUUAAAGACAUAUGGACUGGCUUAUCAUGGUGUUCCACUUGAACAACGUCACCUGUUUUUGAUUGAUAAGGUUGCAUUUCCUAGACUGGAAAAACUGAAAUUGGAGCGAAUCUUGCUAAGUAGGAUAUGGGAUGAUGAACAUGAAGGCUUGGUUGGUAAGGAGGAAUGGGCACAAAUACUUUCACAUGUAAGGGAACUAAAACUAUCUGACCUGUCCAACUUAAUGUACUUAUGGGAGGAGAGUACUCAACCAUGCACAGCCUAUAAGAAUUUAAACACUCUGGAAGUAAUAAAUUGUGGCAGGUUGAAGAAAUUAGUACCAUCCUCAGUGUCUCUUCAAAAUUUGGUAAAUCUGAUAGUGUCAGAUUGCAGCAGAAUGGUAUAUCUGUUAUCUUCUUCAACAGCUAAAAGUUUGACGAAACUGAAAAAGAUGAGCAUAAGUCGAUGUGAAAUGAUGGAAGGAAUAACUUCAACUCACGAGGAAGGUAAUGACGACGAAGGUGAAAUAGUUUUUGAUCACUUGAAAGUUUUGGAACUCAAUAGUUUACCAGCCCUCACAAUGUUCUACCCUGGCAACUACGAAAUGAGUUUUCCAAACAUGGAAGAGAUAGUUGUUAGACAAUGUCGUGAGAUGCAAACUUUCUGUCAUGGAGUCAUAAGCACCCCAAAGCUGCAUAAAUUAUUGAUAGAUGAGGAAGAUGAAAAUUCUAGUGAAUCUGAUGCAGAAUGGGACGAUGAAUAUGAAGAAUUGUUUCCUCACCGUAGGGAACAUGUUAGAUUCACUGAAGAUGUGAAUAGCAUCAUAUUACAGCAUUGGAAUAGUAAGCAUGGCAUUGGCAUGGAAUUACAACAAAUGUUUACAGAACAGGAUGAUCAGAUAGAUGAAGAACAUUCUGAUGGAAAUUCUUACGAAGAUUAUGAGCAUUUUAUGAGUACAAGGCAAGAGUUCCUUCCAUUCAUGUUUGCUUCCAAUUUUUUAUAUGCUUUCACUCAUAAUAAAUAUACUACAGAGACGGUCAAAUCAUCAGAGUUUCUGAUCAACAGAUGGCAAGGCAUUUAGUAAUACAUACAUACAUGCAUACAUACACAUAUAUAUGCAUGGAUGUGUAUGCAUAUUUGAUGCAUUUUUGCUACUAAAAAAUAACGUUGAUUCCCCUAUAAGUUGUAUUGAGAGUCUUGAGUAAACUUACGUUUUAACCGUGGAAUAUAUUUUGGCAUGUAAAAGGUCACCUGAAGGAAGUUCUAUAGAAGUACCGCAUUAUGAAGCAGAUGAAAAUAGUGAAGAAUCUGAUGAAGUUUAGUUUAAGAAUUGACUGUUCCUGUGAAGAUUCCAAGUAUUUGGAGAUGAUGAAUUGAUGGGUUCCAAUAAAUUUGUAGUUUGAAUGUGCUUCCUUCAGUGUUUGGCAAAUUACAAAAGCCCUUGUUGGGGAUAUUGUUUGAGAGAAUAUGAAAAACUACAUGUGUUGUGUUGUAUCCUUUAAAUCACGUUUCUAAGCAAACCCAAGAGAAAUUGCAUUCUAAUUGUUAAUUCUAUCCAAAGUUAAGAAAUUCAUACAUACUUGAU